UCUUCCGAUGUGUUCAGUACUGUCAGGGGAAGGCAGUUGAAAUACAACCGUGCGCAAAGACAAUCAGCCCCCGUGAACCUCUCCGCGCCUUCCUCUUUAGUGCGCAACAGAAAACACUGCACAUUGACACACUUGUUCUCCGUAGCGGGUGAAAAUGACCCGUAUCUCAGUUAAGAGGCUUCUGCUCCUGCUGUGCAUCGGGGGAUCUGUCCACUGUAUGCCACAAUCUGCAGGGAAAAGUAAAAGACAAUCGCAGGAACAAGUCCGUCUGGACCCGGUCUACGAGGAAGCUAGGAGUUUAGCAAUCCAUGAAAAUGGCUGCAACGACAACGGUCGAUUUUAUAGAAUGAACGAUCAGUGGGAGCGUCAGUACAUGGACAGCACUCUCAUCUGCACUUGUGCGGGGGCUUCAGGGGUCAAGUGUAAAUCCAAACCUGCAGCCGAGGAGACGUGCUAUGACAGAUUCAAUGCGCGCUCCUACCAAGUCGGAGAGACUUACGAGCGACCGAAGGAUGGCAUGAUAUGGGACUGUACCUGCAUUGGGUCAGGCAAAGGCAAAAUUAGCUGCACCAUCGCAAAUCGCUGCCAUGAUGGAGGAAAUUCCUACAAAAUCGGAGACACCUGGACACGACCACACGACACUGGAGCCUACAUGCUUGAAUGCGUGUGCCUCGGCAAUGGAAAGGGAGAGUGGACUUGUAAACCAGUUGCGGAGCGUUGCUAUGAUGACUCGCUAGGAUCUUCAUAUGUGGUUGGUCAGACAUGGCAGAAACCCUACCAAGGCUGGAUGAUAGUAGACUGCACCUGUUUGGGAGAGGGCAACGGACGCAUCACCUGCACCUCCAGAAACCGCUGUAAUGACCAGGACACUAGUACCUCAUACCGUAUUGGUGAGACCUGGACCAAAACUGACUCCAAUGGAAACACUCUGCAGUGUCUUUGCACAGGCAACGGUCGUGGAGAAUGGAAGUGUGACAGACAUGCUGCUUCCCAUGCAACACCCGCCAUUGGUUCUGACUCUUCCGCGACUCAAAGGGUUUCACCAGUGAUAAACCAAGUCAAUGUCCUGGCUGAACUUCUUGAGGAGGGCAACUGUAAAACUGAUUCUGGUGUGUACUACUCCAAUGGCAUGAGCUGGAUCAGAAGUCAGGGCAGCAAGGAGAUGCUUUGCACUUGUGUUGGAGGAGGAAUCAGCUGUGAAGAGCAAGAUGGACAGUCCUUUGUUUACGGUGGCAACUCCGGUGGGCAGCCAUGUGUGUUCCCAUUUGUUUAUAGUGGGAACACCCACUACUCUUGCAUCUCUGAGGGCCGAACAGAUGGGCAGUUAUGGUGCAGUACUUCAUCUGACUAUGAUAGUGACGGCUUGUACUCAUUCUGUACCCGAAGGAACCAGCUUGUGGCGACUCGUGGAGGAAACUCUAAUGGUGCUCUGUGCCAGUUUCCGUUCAAGUAUAAUGGACGCAACUACACAGAUUGCACAUCUGACGGCCGUCGUGACGCCAUGAAGUGGUGUGGUACCACUACUGACUAUGAUUCAGAUCGGAAAUACGGAUUCUGUCCCAUGGCUGCUCAUGAGGAAGUCUGCACCAUUAAUGAUGUCAUGUACCGUGUGGGUGAUGAGUGGGACAAACGCCAUGACACGCUUGGUCACAUGAUGCGCUGCACUUGCCAGGGCAACGGACGUGGAGAGUGGAACUGCAUUUCCCACACUCAGCUCAGAGACCAGUGUGUUGUGAAUGGACAGACAUAUGAUGUUAACGAGACCUUUGAUAAGCGUCAUGACCAGGGCUACAUGAUGAACUGCACAUGCUUUGGCCAAGGUCGCGGUCGCUGGAAAUGUGAUGCCAUCGACCAGUGCCAGGAACCCGAGACCAAGGUGUUCUACCAGACUGGCGAUACAUGGAACAAGGACAUCCAAGGCGUCCCAUAUAGAUGUUCCUGCUAUGGUAACGGCAUUGGAGAACUGGCUUGUGAGCCUCUGCAGUCUACCGCUCCUGUUCGGGUCAUCAUCACAGAAGCUGGAAAUCAGCCAAAUUCUCAUCCCAUCCAAUGGAACGCUCCCCCGUCUGCCCACAUUACGCAAUAUAUCCUGAAGUGGAGAGUCAAAAACACACGGACACCCUGGAAGGAGGUAACCAUUCCUGGGCACAUCAACUCACACACUAUUUCAGGGCUUAAACCAGGUUUGACCUAUGAAGGUCAGCUGAUCAGCAUUCUACGCUACGGACCGAGAGAGGUCACUCGCUUUGACUUCACCACUACGUAUGGCUCUCUGGAAAAAACAGAGGGUGAGACCACCCAGCCUCCACCAGUAGUGGACACCUCAGAGUCCGUUACCGAAAUCACCUCCAGCAGCUUCGUCAUCUCCUGGGUAUCUGCAUCCGAGACAGUGUCUGGAUUUAGAGUGCAAUAUGAACUCUCUGAGGAAGGAGCCCCACAAAAUGUGAUUGACCUCCCAAGAACAGUUACAUCAGUGAACAUUCAAGAUCUUCUGCCUGGCCGUAGGUACAACGUCCAAGUUUUUGAAGUCAAACCAGAAGGAGAUAAAAAUCUCAUCCUGACAACUACUCAGACCACUGCACCUGACGCUCCAACUAAUUAUGAGGUCUCAAAUGUACAGGAGACAGCCAUCAUGAUCAGAUGGUCCAAACCCCAAGCACCUAUAACUGGCUAUCGUGUGGUGUACACACCCUCGGUCGAGGGCAGCAGUACUGAACUCAUCCUCCCUGAGGCUCAAACAUUUGUGACACUGGGUGACCUUCGACCUGGCCUGUCAUACAAUGUCAGUAUUUACUCAGUGGAAGACAACUUGGAGAGUAAACCUUUGGUCCUACAGGUCAGCACCGCUGGAGAGCAAAAGCCUGAGGUGGUCCAAGCUCCCACAGACCUGCAGUUUUAUGAAGUUACUGAUGUCAAGAUCACCAUCACCUGGACUGGUCCUCCUAAUGAGGUCUCAGGAUACCGCGUGACCUUUGCACCCGUAAGCACAGAUGGCCGGACCCAGAGACCCCUUCAGCUUCCUGUGACACAGAAUGCUUAUGCCGAGCUCACGCACCUGCAACCUGGCACACUCUACCGCUUCCAUAUCUAUGCAGUCAACAGAGGAGUGGAGAGUGAACCUUUGGUUGGGGAGCAAUCUACAAAGCCUGAUGCCCCUACUGACCUGAGGUUCACUGACAUCAUUGAUGACAGCGCUGUGGUCAUCUGGACUGUCCCCAAAGCUCAGGUCACAGGUUAUCGUCUCUUCAUCAGCAUGGGCAGCUCUAGCCCCAAACACCUGAGGAUCGCCGGUCCCGAGUCUCAAUACAAGCUCACUGACCUUCAACCUGACACAGAGUACAUAGUCAGCCUGCACUCAGAGAAAGGGAACACGCUCAGCGAGGGAAUCACUGAUGUCUUUAGAACAUCUCAGCCAACAGGCAAUGCUCCUCGAUUCAGCACAGAUGUCACCGAUACAGCCAUCAUUGUUACCUGGACCCCAGUACCACGAUUCAGCUAUAGGAUGUCUGUGAGGCCCAGCCAAGGUGGUGAGGCUCCCAGAGAUGUGACCUCGGGAGAAGGCACUAUUUACUUUUCUGGUCUGACUCCAGGAUUGGAAUAUAUCUACAGCUUGCAACCCUUGUUCAAUAACCGAAAGCAUGGCAACCCUAUCACAAACAAAGCUGUGACAUCCCUGUCCCCACCAACUGACCUAAAUGUGGUGUCUAACCCUGUCACCGGUGAACUCAAUGUCAGAUGGAGCAGCACCAAAAGUCCGGAUAUCACUGGCUACAGAGUGACAUGCACACCAACCAAUGGGCAGCAUGGAAAUACUCUAGAGGAGAGUGUUCGAGGGCAUGAAACCUCAUGUACCCUUGAGAACCUCAGUCCUGGCGUUGAAUACAAUGUCAGUGUCUACACUGUUAAAAACCAUCUGCAGAGUGAGCCUAUCUCAACCACCGUUACACAAGAUGUGCCCAAGGUGGGUGAUCUCAGCUUUGUUAAUUUCACGGAUACCACAAUCGGAAUUAGAUGGACCCCGCUAAAUUACCCGGCAGUUACUGGAUACCAUAUUAUGGUUGUUACGGCCGGCCAGAGUUUUCCUAUUUUGGAGGACGUGGUGAACUCCUACGUCAGCUAUUAUACCAUUCGUGGACUGGAGCCAGGCAUCAAUUAUGACAUCAGUGUGUCCACCGUUACAGAUGAGGCGGAGAGUGUGCCCUCGGUGAUCACACACCAAACCCAAACUGCUAUUCCAGCCCCCACAAACCUGAACUUUGCUGAGGUGGGCUCAGACUCCAUGCGUGUGUCGUGGACUUCCCCUUCUGUUAAGCCAUCUGAAAUUAGCCGCUUUGUCAUCCGCUACCAUCCCACAAAAAAUGAUGACGACACUCAGGAAGUCAAUGUAGGAGGUGGCAUCAAUAACUUCCUCCUUCAGAACUUGCUGCCAAAUACAGAGUAUCUGGUAAAAGUAGUGUGCGUCUAUGAUGACAGAGAGAGUGAACCUGUAACUGGUAUUCAGAAAACAAAAUUGGACUCCCCGACAAAUCUGGACUUCUCUGAUGUCUCCACCAACUCAUUUACCCUGCACUGGAUGGCUCCACGUGCCAUCAUUACAGGUUACCGUCUACGCUAUCAGCCAACCAGUGGUGGGCGCACUAAAGACGAGAGACUUCCCCCGACGAGAAAUUACUUCACACUGGUGAACCUAGCUCCUGAGACAGAAUACACUGUCUAUAUUUAUGCUGUCAGUGGCAAUAAAGAGAGUCUACCACUUACUGGAACUCAAGCAACUGUCUCUGAUGCUCCCACAGACCUGGCCGUGACGUCCUCCACUCCCACUAGCAUCACCAUCUCCUGGGAUGCCCCUGCAGUCACUGUACGCUACUACAAGAUCACACAUGGUGAAACAGGUGAAAGAGAUGCACCCAGAGAGUUCACUGUUCCAGGAACACAAUCCACUGCCACCAUCCAGGGCCUGCGUCCAGACACCGAUUACACCAUCACACUGUAUGCUGUGACUGGCAGAGGGGACAGCCCAGCCUCCAGCACACCAGUCAUCAUCACACACAGGACUGCAGGUGGAAGUGUUCCAUCCCCAUCAGAUUUAGAGGUUACUGAUAUUCAAGACAAUGCCUUAACUGUCCGCUGGAGCCCAGCUAGAGGUCCCAUCACAGGCUACAGAUUAACAGGGACGCCCAAGGGUGGGCAAGGUCCUACAUUCUCUGAGCUGGUUGGCCCUGAACGUACAGAAAUGACCAUCCGUGGCUUGGUGCCCACAUUGGAAUAUACAAUUAAUGUGAUUGCUCUCAGCCAAGAAGGAGAGAGUACCCCAGUGGUCCAGAAAGCUACAACAGCAAAUUUACAGCAUCCAAGAGAUCUGACCUUCUCUGAUGUGGACUCCACCUCCAUGCUUGUGACAUGGGAUGUUCCACGGGUUCCAGGAGUGACAUCCUACAGGGUUCUGUACUCUAGUCCAGAGGAGGGAGAAAGGGAGUACCAACCAGCUGUAAGUGGUCGUGAUAACCGUGUGGUUCUCCAAGGUCUGAGCCCAGGAACCAUGUACAACAUUAAAGUCAUUCCCAUGAAAGGACGUAACCCAGUCCGUACUCUUGAGGGCAUUCAGCAAACUACCCAUGAGGAGACUCAGCCCACUGCUGUCCCUGCUCCCACCAAUAUACAGUUCUUCGACAUUAGUCCAUCUUCUUUUGUCGUGGCAUGGCAAGCACCCAAUGCUAGGCUUUCUGGCUAUCGUGUGGUGGUAUCACCGAAGAAUCAUUAUGCCCCAGCCAAAGAAAUGAAUGUUGCACCAGACUCCACACAAGUCUUAGUGCCUGGGCUUAUGGUGGCAACCGCUUAUGAGGUUCAUGUCUAUGCACUGAGAGGUUCAGACAGCAGUUCUCCUCUCACUGGAGAAUGCACCACCGCUGACAAUAUAACCCCUCCUCGUCGAGUCCGUGUCACUGAUGUGAAAGACACUUCAUUCACUCUCAUAUGGCGUGUUGUCAAUAAUGAGCCAAUGACAGGUUUCCUUAUUGAAGCCACACCCAAAACUGGAGGUCACCCCACCUUCAGGCAGACUAUUUCUGCUGACAGCCAUACCUACGUUGUCACUGGUUUGCAGCCAGGUGUCAUGUAUGUGGUCAACAUGUACACAUUAAAUGGAAAUACUCGAAGCCCUCCUUUCACAAUUACUGUAAACACAGCUCGGCCAGCUGUUCCGUCUGCGACUAACCUCCAGUUCACCUCGCUGACCCCCAAUUCCAUCUCCUUUACUUGGCAAGCCCCUUCAACACACAUUACAGGAUAUUACAUCACUUAUGAAGAAGCAGGUGGUUCGCCUCGUGAGCUUACACCCCGCCCUAACGUUGACCAGAACUACGCCACCAUCACUGGUCUGAAACCAGGCACAGAAUACAUUAUAAAGAUCUUUGUCCUACUGAAUAGCCAGAGGAGCGGACCACUGGUUGGCACGGCCACAACUCAGCUGACCUCUGAUCUGCCCAGUCUGCCCCACCACGGUGGCCCAGACAAGCUGGAUGUGCCUGAGUCUAACAGAGUUCAUGCAGUGGGUCCCACUGGGCAUGACUCACCUGAUGCACACGGGCAGCAUGUGGAGUACACAGAAUUCAAUAAUCAGCCCAGUCAACCCAACAGAGGCUACAAGCCUCACCAUCAUCAAACAAUCCCUCAACCUAACCAACCCCGACCCCAGCCUUAUGUGCCUCAAGUUGGGGAGACCCUAGUCUACAUCCCCAAGGUGGGACCCGAUGGGGGCCGUGUGCCUCAAAUUAUUCAGGUUAGUGAGAGGCCUGGCGAUGGCCAUCCUUUUGGUUUUCCAGAAGACAAGACUGGAAGACCACAGGAGGCCCAGACCCAGACCCCCAUCUCAUGGCAGCCCUACCAGCAAAGUUCUGGUUACCUGGUGUCCUGUCAGCCCAUUACCCAUCCAGAUGAGAAGAUGUUUCAGAUGCGUGUCCCAGGAACAACCACAAGCGCCACCCUGAUCGGUCUCACCUCUGGUGCCUCUUAUAAUGUCAUUGUGGAGGCCUUGAAGGGAGCCCUCAAACACAAAAUUUUGGAGGAAAUCGUCACCGCUGGAAACACAGUUCCAAGAGAUAGUUCAUCUAGCAAGGACUCAUGUUAUGACACCUUCACAGCCACUCACCAUGAUGUCGGAGAGGAAUGGGAGCGCAUGUCUGACACCGGCUUCAAACUCUGGUGCAAAUGUCUCGGUUUGGGAAGUGGACAUUUCAGAUGUGACUCUUCCAAAUGGUGUCAUGACAAUGGAAACAACUACCGCAUUGGUGAAAAGUGGGAGCGACGGGCAGAAAACGGUCACUUGAUGAGCUGCACUUGUUUGGGCAAUGGCAAAGGAGAGUUCAAGUGUGAACCACAUGAGUCCAUAUGUUACGAUGACGGAAAGAUGUAUCAGGUUGGAAACCAGUGGCAGAAAGAAUACUUAGGGGCCAUUUGCACUUGCACAUGCUAUGGCGGACAGCAGGGCUGGCGAUGUGAGAACUGCAGAAGGCCUGGUGCUGAGAUAAGCUCUGACCUGCUCAAACCUGUCCGCUUAAACACUGGCCAGAGAAUGAACAUUCAGUGCCCCAUUGAAUGUCUCCGACCUGAGCUUCUUGCAGAUGCUGUGGCCAACGCCAAACCCAGAGAGUAAAAUUGUUUCUGACCAAACUGCACCAUGACCUUCUGCCCCCCUCAUGCAUCAUUUCAUUGGGACAUGUAAUAAAGAUGUGAUUUUAUAUGAGAACAUACUAAUCACAUACUGCUUUAAAAUCUCCCAGUUUAUGUCAUGUCUCCACUGCCGUCCAGUUGUGAUGCCAUAGCAACAGCUGCAUUUAUUCACAGCCUUUGAUUGGCUGUUGUUUGGUUGAGGAAUUUCAAUGGCUUUUACAUUUUUGUUUGCUAGUGUUUUAUACAUCCAUUAAAAAAAAUUACUGCAAUGUCAAAAGAUAUUUCUUAUUGCAGUCAGUUAAACCCAUUUGU